AUGAGAGCUGACGUGCCCUUGCCUGAGACCAAAGCCCCUUAUCUGGUCCUGGAAAAUAUGUCGUCUAUGCACUCAAAAGGCGUCUACGUCAUCUCCCUUGCUGGUAGGAAGGCGUUGAAGCUUGGCCGAGGCCACGAGAGUGACGUACGAAUAGCCGACGUUUCUAUAUCGCGGUGGCAUGCAACGGUGUCGAUCGCGGACGAUGGACGGUUCAUUCUGGAAGACCAUAAUUCGAAGUUCGGGACGCUGGUGGCAAUGCGGCGGCCGAAAUUGAUCAACGCCUCGACAGGUGACGAUGUGGCUGAUGCCAGUGGCCCAAUAUUGACGGUUCAGGCCGGGAGAACGGUUUUCAGGAUUAGCACGAGGAAGCCCAGCGGUACUCGUCCUCACUCUGAACGAAACAGGGCGGCGGUAUGCGCUAUCAGCAUGGAUAGGAGUAGUGUCGGUCUCAAUAGUCAUCUGGCUUGGUUACGCGGCGUUUGCUUGCCAGAAACUCAAGGGAAACGCGUUUCUGCUGUUGCCAGGACGACCUCUGCUCGGUUACUCGGUCAGACCCAGAUCGUGAAAGCCGCCGCGACUUCAGGAAAAUACUCGACCGCUAAGAUGCUUGGAUCGACAGCAGCCGCGAUGCUGUUGAAUCCGGGGUCAGCUGAGCACGUAUACGAGAUGUUACCUACCCCGAUGAAUCUAUGUUUCUGGUGGGGAAUAAGACUAGAGUACCCCGCGCUGGCAUUCGGCCUGGGGUCCUUCGCCGUUCUAGUCUGCCAGUUGAUCACCGGUAUGGUACUCCAGCCGGUAUUGAAAGCUGGGGGGAACGGGGCAGAGGGUGUCACAGCGGACAAGAUUCAGCUCUGGUAUUUGACUUUGAUAUGA